CCCAACAAUAACAAUCAAACAGGAAAAUAAUAAUACAGCAUCUGAUACAAAAAAACAUCGUCUCCUUGAAAAAGGCUUCAUGUUUUGAUGAUCUACAACAUUUCCUUUUUCUUCAAAUCGUUUCCUCUAUCUCUACUAGUACUCGGUACGGCUCUCUCUUCUUCGCAUUGCAUCCUCUACUUCUAUCACAACUGCGUUUGUCAUUCAAAUAGAUUGUUAAUGCGUGAAUGAUCCCAUUUACUUAUUCUAUUCAUACCCAUUACUCUCUUUAUUUGAGUAUCGCCAGUCGAUCCUUCUAGGCAGUGCGUCGCAUACCUUAGCACUUGAAGUCUCGGUUGUCGAGUCUAGCAAAGGGCCUGCUCUUGUUUAUGCAGAGCCAUUGAAGCUUCCUUAGCUCGUUCGGGUCCCGAUUGACGGUGUCCUCAAAGGAUUCUUGAACGAGUAGCGACACCGCAAGUGGUAUAGAAGUGUCAACAGCAAUAUCCGCUAAGAUGGGGCCUUCUUCGAGGAGUUCCAACGCUGGCUCGGUCAUUGAGUAUAUUCCGGGUAAGUCUUUUUGUCUUCACCGUCCUUUUCGCGGACGACAUCGAUAAUAGCUUAAUAACUUGCACCCUCAUAUUCGUCUUGCCCUCGAUAAUUAUCCUAAUCCUUUGACUACCUUGCGCCUUCCAAUGACGCAAACCAAUUUGAGAUGUUCAGUGUCUGCUGGCAUCUCUCAUGGCCCCCUACAUCAUCCAUCUUUACUACUUAAUUCGGAAGCAUUUCCAGUUACAUUGCUUACAAUUGCAGACCGCUUAUACCUAGCAUCCUACCUCCACACCCCUACCGCCGACACCGUCUUCCCGUAUCAAGAACCGCCACCUCAAUCACCAAGGAAGAGGUCGCAGAGAGCCGUUGAUGGCCCUGCGCCUGCGCCAUCCAAGUCUGACCGAUACCCUCCGUAUUACUUUACUGUCGACGACAGCCUCCUCUACAACGCCUUUCACCACGAUUUUGGCCCGCUUCACAUUGGUCACCUCUACCGCUUUGCGCUGCACUUCCACGAUAUCCUUGGUGCUAAGGAAAACCAACACAGACCGAUUGUGUUUUAUAGCCGAGCAGACCCAAGAAGUCGAGCAAAUGCCGCUUGUUUACUAGCGUGCUACAUGGUCCUAAUCCAGUCAUGGCCACCUCACUUGGCCCUAGCGCCCAUUGCGCAGAUCGAACCGCCCCUGAUGCCUUUCCGCGAUGCUGGUUAUAGUCAGGCCGACUAUGGUAUCACUGUUCAGGACAUUGUAUACGGUGUCUGGAAAGCUAAGGAAGAAGGCUGCUGUGUCUUGGACAACUUUGACCUCGACGAGUACGAGAGAUUUGAGCGAGUUGAGCAUGGUGAUUUCAACUGGAUCACUCCCAACUUCCUGGCGUUCGCCUCUCCGCAAAGCAAUCCGACGGCACGAAUCACGGAGUCUUCCGAAUUGUAUGCUUCAUUGCCUAAGACGCUGUCCGCCGUAGAUGCUCACCCGACCCUCCCACAACCAUUCAAGAACGUAUUGAGACACUUCUCUGAGCGCAACAUCGGCUUGGUAGUGCGUCUUAACUCUCCUCUUUACUCUCCGUCCUACUUCGAAGCGCUAGGGAUACAGCAUCUUGACAUGAUAUUCGAAGAUGGUACUUGCCCACCGCUCAGUACCGUCCGAAAAUUCAUCAAACUUGCCCAUGAGACAAUCACAGUCAGAAAGAAGGGGAUUGCCGUCCAUUGCAAAGCUGGUCUUGGAAGAACUGGUUGCUUGAUCGGAGCAUAUUUGAUCUACCGCCAUGGUUUCACAGCGAAUGAGAUUAUUUCGUUCAUGAGGUUCAUGCGUCCAGGCAUGGUUGUCGGUCCUCAGCAACAUUGGCUACAUAUCAACCAGGGAGUUUUCCGAGAAUGGUGGGUUGAGGAGAGAUUGGAGAGGAAGUUGAGAAAGGAGAUGGCCGCGAACGCGAAUGCGCCACCCAGCACACCUAUCCGUGCGAUGCAGAAGGCCAACUUGAACCGAAGCGCUCAAGCCUCAACUCCCCCAAGUCGAAGCCCGUCUAACCGCACGCCCCUCGGCGAUUUGGACGAUGAACGCCGUAAUGCUGGUGCGCAAGAAGACUACUUACCUGCACCAACGCCCGGUCAACCUCGAAAGACCAGCCGAGCGGACCGUCAUCAUCCUUACCAACGGAAUUCGGUCCACCAUCCUACUGUCGAAGAGGAACAAGAAGGCGCCGGCAAGAACGCAGAGGUAGCCUCCUCUCAUAACAGGCGAUCUAACGAUAGCAUUGAGUCGGAGGAGGAAUUAUAUCUGCGCAUGCGAUCUAAUCGUAAACAAUCUCGCACACCAGCUUGCAACGAAACGAUCCGAUCUGUCAGUCAGAGCACGACCACAACAAUAUAUCAGGUGAUUGACAACGACGCAUCCAAUGACGCCGAAAACGUUGGUCACAGUCGUCCGAAGACCAUCGUAGACCAUGUCACGGCAAGCGGUUCGCCAACACGCUCGGCAAGCGCUUCUGGCGUGUUGACCAAGGUCAGGAGCAGCAAGCGAUCGACCGAGUCUGCCCGAAACAAAGAUUCAAUGGGUGUGCGAAAGACCAGCGGUCGGAUCGGUAGCAUUGGCACCAACAACACAGCCAAUUCGGCACGUAAAGUUUCCGCGUUAUAGGAUAAUGAGGUUUUACAGCCGCCGAAUUGGACUGUCGAUGACUGUUCUGAAUAAUGCUGCAAUAUAUCAUGGCUUAUCCAAUGAUGAUCAAACCUUCUGCGGGCAGCUAAUUUUUCACGAUGACGACUAUGACGACCGAAUCAUGGUUCUUUGCAUAUGCGUUUGGCGUUCGGUAUCAAUAAGAGGUACAUGGAUUUCACCCCCAAUUCAAAUCAAAUAUAAUGGAUCCGACUUCUUUCUUUCUUCGCAUCUGUCCUCCUCGAUGAUUCCUCUUCGAAGAAAAUAAAGUACCCAGCUGGCUACCUUGGUUGCUUGUUAUUCGUUCCGACCGACCGGCUUGCCCACGCAAAUCUUUCUGAAUGACUUGGGCGUUUACGGUUCCUGUUUUUGCUUUUUUGGUUAGUUGGUUCGGAAUGGACACUUUUGCAUCUUUUAAUCCGGGCUGGUUUUCAACGCUGAAUUGUGUCUAUUCUAAACUGACGUCGAGCUGGAAGGAGGAUGCGAAGCUGUAAGAAGCCUUGGAGUAAAUUAAGGAGGGAGGGUUUUCUCGUUGAGGUAUCACUGCUUGGGUUUGCUUUAGAUCAAUACGCGUAUAUGAUGAAUAACUUUUUCAUUUUACUAUUUUUACGACUCGCUUUUAAUAUUUAAUGGUGAUGGUGAGAUUCAUGGAUCUUCAGCGGCUCUGGGUAGUGUGGGCUGACUCCAU